CUUUAGAGUAAAAAUCACAUACAUACACAUAUAAAAUGGGCAAGAAGGCUGAUAAUCCUGAGAGCAACAAUCCAUCUUCUGGCGCUGAAGAGGAGGAGGAGGAGGAAUAUGCAGUGGAAAAAAUUUUAGAUCGUCGUGUGCGCAAGGGAAAGGUGGAAUACUAUCUUAAGUGGAAGGGUUAUCCAGAGACUGAAAACACUUGGGAGCCGGAAGGAAACCUGGACUGCCAGGAUCUGAUACAACAAUAUGAGCUGAGUCGCAAAGAUGAGGCCAAUGCAGCAUCUACAAAUUCGACCAGCUCAAAAAAAGAUCGACCAGGCAGCAGUGCCAAGGUCAAAGAGACGGGACGCACCAGUACAACAACUACCAACAACAGCAGUACUGGCGGCGGCGCUGCUGGUAGCGCCGGUGGCAAGCGAAAGUCCGAGGAACCAGGUAGGCAGUCUGCACCCGCGAGUAAUAAAGCAAAGCGCGUCGAUUCAGAUGAUGGUGGUGAUCUGGUACCCGCCGGUGGCACUGGCUUCGAUCGUGGCCUGGAAGCUGAAAAAAUAUUGGGCGCCUCCGAUAAUAAUGGUCGGCUAACAUUCCUUAUCCAAUUCAAGGGCGUCGACCAGGCGGAGAUGGUGCCAUCGACGGUGGCCAACGUCAAGAUACCCCAAAUGGUAAUUCGCUUCUACGAGGAGAGGCUCUCUUGGUAUUCGGACAACGAAGACUAAGUGUCGCACCAGGAUUUUAUUAUUCACGAAUAUAUUUUCUCAGCAUAAUAUACUUAAAAAUUAUGUAUUUUUAUCAUCCAAAUCCAACAAAUAAACAUGAACUACAACAUUUU